AUAAUAGGGACAAAAUUUCCAGAAACUAGAGGCAAGUGAUAACCAAAUUCCAAAGACUAGCAACCGAUUACAGAGAUCUGAAAUCAAAGAUGAUGCCUAAAACUUAAGUUUCGCUUUCUAUAGAGAGAACACAUGUUCUUUUUCCCAAUUAUUACAUCCCUAAGAACUGAACUCUCCUAUGAUCCUAUCUAAAUUAUGUGAAUAAUCUCGCUGACAUGGAGCUGACUGGAGUAUAGCUAACACAGCACUAUCACAAAAAACAAAAAGGAAUGCUCUGGCCUUUGUACUGAUCCGACUUCUUACACCUCACAUUUCUUGAAGCACAAGUUUCCUAUGUUUCAUGGUAGUUAUCAUUGACAUUCAGUGAAGCUUACUAUGAGAGAAAGUUUUACACACAACGUGUCUAAAUCACGAAAGAAGAGAACAACUGUGUCGCGGUUAAGUAAGUUGCUGGCUUAUGUAAUGUUGGAGAUACGACCUCAAUUUUUUCGCAGAACCUUGUCUGGGAAAUGAAACUGAAGAAGGCUUAGGCAUAAUUUCUUUGUAAUUGGUUGGUACAAUCUUCAAAUAAAAAAAAGGACAGACACCAGAAUCUUUUACGUAAUCUUGCUGGGCUUAAAAUGUCAAUGACGUGCGUAAACCUAUCAAAGAGAAAAGGCGAGGAAGUUGUAGCCUGACUUCUUGAUUGCUUAUAGCCUUAUAUAUAGUUCAUCAUUGGGCUACUGUUCAGAAAAAGUGGUUGAUCUGGGUUGAGACAUAUACAAUUGAGCAUUGCAGUGAUCAUCAUCAUUGUCAUCAAUCUAUUCACGACAAUACAUCAAGAGGAGGAAUAUGGAAGAUGAAAGCUAUCAAGUUCCACAUGACAUAGAAAACCCACACUCUCCACUACUGACUUCGAUGAGAAGUAUGCUGUAUAACUUGUCUCCUUUAUCCUCUUCUUGCUGUAUCUGCAGAGUUCCUAAGCGCCUACGUCGUGUUAGUGAAAUGGCCUACACACCUCAAGUAGUCUCUAUAGGCCCCCUUCACCAUGGCAAGGAAGGGUUAAAGCCCAUGGAGGAGCACAAAAAUAGGUACCUCCAAGAUUUUCUAGUCCGAACCAAUCUAAGCUUGGAGCAUUACAUUAACAAAAUAAGGGGCAGAGAAGCAGAAUUGCGUGGUUGUUACGCAGAAACCAUUCAAUUCGACAGUGAUGAAUUUGUAAGAAUUGUCCUAGUGGAUACCGCUUUCAUCAUUGAGGUCUUAUUGAGGUUCCAUUUCCAUGAGUUGCAGGAUGAGAAUGAUCGCAUCUUCAAGAAACCAAGGAUGUUUGAGGAUGUAUGGCCUGAUAUGCGGAUGCUUGAAAAUCAGCUCCCAUUCUUUAUCCUCCAGGAUCUUUUCGACCCCAAAAGGAUUCAAAUACCUUUUGUGGAGAAUCUCUCAAUAAUCAAUCUUUCUUACACUUUCUUCAGAGCUCUAAUGAAUAUAGAGGAACUGGAAGACACUUUGGAGACAAUAAUUUCUUCUACUAUAGAACAUUUUGUUGAUUUUGUCAGAAAAUUGUAUCCACCACCACCACUAAAGGUAGCAAGAGCUAGAGGCCAACCCAAAUCUCCAACUGGAGCCAGCAUGAGACAACUAUCAACAUUUGAAGUACCACAAGGUCGAGGGCAACCUGAAAUUCCAACCACACCAAGCAUGACAGAGCUAUACAGGGCAGGAGUCAAGUUUAAAGUGGGAUCAGGUAAAAAUAUGUUUGACAUUCGAUUCAAAGAUGGGACCUUGCAAAUUCCAAAAAUAACAAUAAGUGAUCAAUCAGAGGUGAAUCUCACAAAUCUCCUUGUGUUUGAACAAAGCCAAUGCAAGGAGACUGAGAAUUACAUAAAUGAUUACGUUGGCAUCUUAAACAUUCUUGUCAACACCCCUGAGGAUGUGUCAUUGCUUGUUAAGAAUGCAAUCUUUGUGAACAAGUUAGGUGACAGCAAGAAAGGCUGUACUAUGAUUAAGAAUAUGGGUGACGGGGUCAAUAUUGCGGACUACAGCAAGUUCCAUUUUGCUCCUCUUUGUGAAAAGCUGAACGAGCACUGCACAAAGUCGAGGCACAAAUGGCUGGCACUGUUGAGGCAAAAUUAUUUCAACACACCUUGUAAAACUAUUUCUGUCAUCGCAGCUGCUUGUAUAAUCCUAUUCACUCUCAUACAGACGGUGUCCUCUAUUAUCUCUGUUCAUUCUCGUUCUCACUGAUGAGGUCUCAUUUGAACAGCUUAAAAGGGAAAGGAUUUGUUGUGAAGUUGGUACAUACUAGUAAAUAUAAGGGUACUUAGGUUCUGUAUAAGAUGCUAGGAUAUUACUAAGAAUAGCUGACUUUUCUAAUUAUUUAUUGUAAACGUUACUAAUUGUGUGUCGGUGUGUAUAUAUCAAAUUGUAACAAUAACACCUCAUAUUCUGAGAUGAAUAAUACU